AUGAAGUUGAUCAACAUCUUUGCCGCUGCCGCCUUGUGGCAAUCGGCUUUCGGUUUCAACUUUAUCGACAUGGAACAAAAGCGGAAGAGUCUGCAACUAUCAUCUACAUUGAAGGACGGUGAUUCAAGAAGAGAAUUCUUCGGCAAGGCUGGAGCUGCAGCUUUCUCCCUUUCCUCUGGACUUAGUCUUGAAGUAUUGGCUCCCCUCCCUGCCAACGCUGUUGGAGGAUUGGACAAGGUUAAUGCUCAACUCAAGGCUUAUGGUCUUCCACUUACAUCAAAGCCACCAAGUGGUCUUAACCCCCUUCUUGAGGUCUACGGAAAGGGAAAGAACCGUUUCCCUCUUCUCGUUUUGAUGAAUCACCCCAUCACCUGGGUUGUCACUCUUCCCAGUAACGAUGUCAAUGGUGAAGAUGGUACCAUCCAAGCUGGUGAAUACGCCAAGGGAGACACUGCUACUUUCUUUGUUUACGAAGAACCAGGGCACGUUAAUAACUUUGCCAGCGCUGGCAAGGACUUGUAUGAAAAGGCUAUUAUCAAGUCCAUUUCGCAAAAGGGAAACAACAUCUACCAAGACUUCAAGAUCACAAAGGUUGUCCCACAAGAUCCCAACGACUACGGUGGCAAGGAAUACGUCAUCUGUGACUUUAGAUACACUCUCUUGACAGGUGCUGGUUUCGAAGUCGACCGAAGAGGUGUUGCUUCUCUCACCAGUGAAGGAAGUGCUGUUGAAGUCUUGUGGACCGCCAGUACCCGAGAACGCUAUAAGAAGACCGAGCCUACUCUUAGAGAUAUUGCCGCCAGUUUCCGCGUCUAUGCCGAUGGCCUAAACUUUUCCAGUGAUCUGAAAAACUACGACUCAGUGGUCUAA